AUGGGACAGUGCUCCUCGAGACCGCAGGUGGAGGACACGCUCCUCACACGGGCCGGCUCGGGCCCUGCGGGCGGCGCUGGCGACGGCAGCGUGCAAACGACACGGUCUGCGACAGACGGCAGCAAGCGCUCGGGCUCCAUGUCUCGAGAGGUCACCAUGCGGAUGGAGCUCAUUGGCAAGGUGCACGCGCUGCAGCAGGAGCUGGCGCUUCUGGGCAGUCCGCUGCUGGCGGUGCCUGAGGCCGCCGAGCUGCUGCUGGACCACCUGCACGCUGAUGUCAUCGGGUAA